CAGUGGGCCUCUAACCACAUUUUUGUUUAUUUUUUAGUGUGUUUCCUUCAUGGUCUUUCUUGUGGCUUGCCCUAUGCAGUUUGUGUACUUGUUGAGGGCCUUUUUUCUCGGUCUCUGACAUUGUUUUUGCUGAACUCAGUUUUUCCGAGACCCUCUCUCCUCAUAGGCUCAGUUUUGGCCUGCCAUCUGCUUUCUGCCAGUUUCCGUGGCAGAAGAGGCCUCGGCUGCUUCCUGUGGGUCCCCGGCUGAGCAGAAGCAUGCGGUGGUACCUUCUCCUGAUCUGGGCCCAGGGCCUGAGGCAGGCUUCCCUCCCAGCCUCAGGAGCUGUGUCAGGCAGGAUCACAACAACGGGGAACGUUUCUGUGGAGGAAGGUGGCUCCGUCACCUUGCAAUGCCACCUCUCCUCCACCACCGCCAAAGUGACUCAGAUCAACUGGGAGCAGCGGGACCAACUACUGGCCGUUCGUCAUGCUCACUUGGGGUGGCACAUCUACCCAGCCUUCAGGGAGCGAGUGGCCCCAGGCCCCAACCUGGGCCUCACCCUGCAGUCGCUGACCCGGAAUGACACAGGGGAAUACUUCUGCACCUAUCACACCUACCCUGAUGGGAUUUACAGAGGAACAGUCUUUCUGGAGGUCCUGCAAAGCUCAGUGGCGAAGCGCAGCGCUGCGUUCCAGGUCCCACUGCUGGGAGCCACGGCCACCGGACUGGCAGUCAUCUGCGUGGCAGUGGUCAUGGUGGUCACAUUAACCAAAAAGAAAUCUCGUCCAGUCCAUUGUGCGGAAAGUGGCCUAAGGACCGUGGCACAUGAACAGGAGGAAUGGAAUGCCCGCAUUCUGUCGUCACCUGGAAGUGGCGGCGAGGCAGGGACGGCACCCGUGGGCUGCUACCUGGAGCAGAGGGGAGAGGCCUAUGCCGAGCCUCAUGACUACUUCAAUGUCCUGAGUUACAGGAGCCUUGGAAGCUUUAGUUUCUUGGCCGAGACUGUUUAGGGGCCAGAGGCAUCAUCUGGGAGAUGCAUUCCUGUGUCUGCGGUUCCGGGAGUGGGGGUGGUGGUGGGUCUGCGGUCUCAGUCGCUGCCCUGCAUGCGCGCGCGCGAGUGGAGGUGCAGUUGAGUGAGAGAAUGUCUUCCUCUUCCCUGCAUUUCCUCUGCCCCCUCCCUUCUCUUCCACUGUAGCGGAGCCAGAGGGAGCAGCUUGUAUCUUGAUUCUAAGUGCAAAGUUAGACCAAAAUGACUUGGUUUGGAAUCUAGCAGGUGGAGCCAACCCUGGGGCUCUGAGAAAUGCCUUCCCCCUAGUAGCCCUGGGUGGGGCUUUGGUGGUCUGUGCCCUGGUAGAGUCUUAUGGAUGGUGAUGGUGAUGAAGAGGACGACGGUAUGACCCAUCUCAUUUCUCAUGGUCAUUUCCAUCCACAUUCACACAUCAAGGCAUUUUAAGAACAAGGCAUGGUAUCGGCUUUCAUGGGGAGGUUCGAGCAUGAUUAAACCAUGCUUUUGGAUCUCAGCCCUUUUAGACCUUACACUUACAUGGAGGGAACAGUGAGGCUAGCAUAGCGAGAGCAGGAAUUUUGUCCAAGGUGAGCCGAGAAACUGAACAGAACAGCUGAAAUUCCCUCAUGGAGGAUCCCGACACCAAGGGAGCGCACAGACCUUUUUUGGAUUUUAUUCCCUGGGCAGAUAGUUGAAAUCUCCUUCUGUUGGCUGUUCACGGAGUCCGGGGAUGGCUGGCAGCAGGGGACUGGAGGCCUUCCAGAUGCGGCAGCACGGCCUCCACUGUGGGAGCUGCAGCCUAGUCCUUGGCCAGGACCCACCACCUUUUAAUCCACUAUGGAGUGGAUUCUUUCCUUCAAGAAUCUGUGUCCCACCAAAAGGAAAACAUGGAUUUUUAAAAUAGGGACUCUUCCAGGGAGGAGGGGGAAUAAAAAGUAGGUGAUCAAGUGCUUAAAGAUGAACACCCUCUCCCUAGAUAUUCUGAACCCUUAAAUCUGAACCUAAACCCUUAAAACCCUUAAACCCUUUAAUCCACCCCCUGAGCUCUUUG